ACUAAAUAGUAAAAUUUUUAAUUUUGAAAAGAUAUAGAUACAUAAUAAUUGAGCUCCUAAUUCAAUGGUUAUCCUUCGUAUAUGCAUGUUAUGUGCACAUGCAUGAUAGAUGGGUGGUGGGUUCUGAAUGCUACUCAAAAAGCAAAAGCAUUUUCUUUCGGAAAACGAUUGCUGAGUUUUCCAAAAGCUUCACUAUUUAAAAACCAGCCUUGCUAUAAUCUUACACUAUUGUUCAAAAUUUUACUCAAUACAAGUUUUUAAGCUCCUUUAUAAUGUAUUGAAGCAAACACAACAUAAAAUUUUUAAGCUCCUUUUUCCAGAGUCAACCAUUUGACACAGGAGGAAGCAACAGUUUCUUAUGAAGUCCUUAUAAAUAUUACAGGAAAGCUGGCUCGUUUAAUCAUUCAUCUUCGCAAUCGUUGCAGUACAAACAAAUAAUUAAAUUGAUUGAUUGUAGGGGGCAAAGAUGGUUAACAUAAGAUCAUAUGUUUUGGUAGUUCUCUUUGUGGUGCUGAUUGCAGUGGAAGCCACGGUUGCUCGAGCCGAUGCGAAUGGAAAUGGGAAUGGUAAUAAAGGUAAUAGCAAUGGUAGUGGUGACAAAGGCAAUAACAAUGGCAACGACAACGAAGGCAACAACAAUGGGAAUGAAAACACCGGCAACAACAAUGGUAAUGGGAACAAGGGUAAUGGCAACGGCAAUAAAAAUGGCGGCGACAAUAAUGGUAAUGGUAAAAAUGAUGAUUUUGAUGAUGUAGAACCUCUACCAACAGGACAAGAAAGAGUUUCUUGCAAAGCAAAAGGAGGUUGUCACUUGAAAACCCUUGUGUGUCCAGCUCAGUGUCCAGAGAAGAAACCCAAGAAUAACAAAAGGAAGAAGGGAUGCCAUGUUGACUGCAGCAGCAAGUGUGAGGUCACUUGCAAAUGGAGAAAACCCAACUGUAACGGAUAUGGCUCUCUGUGCUACGACCCUCGUUUCGUUGGUGGCGAUGGAGUGAUGUUCUAUUUCCAUGGAGCAAAGGGAGGAAACUUUGCAAUAGUUUCAGACAACAACCUUCAAAUCAAUGCUCAUUUCAUCGGAACUAGACCACAAGGAAGGACCCGAGACUUCACCUGGGUGCAGGCACUCUCUGUCAUGUUUGAUACUCACAAUCUUGUCAUUGCUGCUAAAAAAGUUUCCCAAUGGAACAGCAACAUUGAUAGCCUGAUCCUGAGCUGGGACGGCGAGGAAAUCAACAUCUCUAACGAUGAAGCAGCUGAGUGGAGAGCCAACAAGGAAGAAAGAGAGGUUAUAGUAGAAAGAACUGAUGAAACCAACAACGUUAGAGUGAGAGUUUCAGGUCUUGUAGAAAUGGACAUCAAAGUCAGGCCUGUCGGAAAACGAGAAAGUAUGAUUCACAACUACCAGUUGCCUGACGAUGAUGCUUUUGCUCACCUGGAAACACAGUUCAAGUUCAGGAACCUGUCGGAUCUAGUGGAAGGGAUCCUGGGAAAGACUUACAGGCCUGGCUAUGUUAGUCCUGUGAAGAUUGGUGUGGCUAUGCCAAUGAUGGGUGGUGAAGAUAAGUAUCAAACUCCAUCUCUAUUGUCACCUCUUUGCAAUGCUUGCAGGUUUCAGGGUAAAUCAGCUGCAGGAAUUGCCACGAUUUAACCAUGCAUUUUGAUGUAUCUUUAUUCUGAACUUAGAAUUAAGAAAAAUAAAUUAAGCAAAUAAAACAGAGUCAUUCUUUGUAUUUUGCAAAAUAAUAAAGCAUGGAGACUCUAGCAUCAAGAAUUGUCCACUGAACUGAAAACUCUUCUCAAGCAUGGAAACUCAAGAUUUACUACCAGUUGAAUAUUAGCCGUUAACUGUUUGUAUUUUGAUUUUAUUCAAAUACUAACCACUAUC